AUAUAUAUGAUAUAUGACAGGACUGGGAAGAUAGCAUUUACAAAUUGACAAUUCAAUCGAAAAUGUAUGACAAAUACAUGGAUAUCUUCGACAAACAGAUGCAAGAAACAAAGGAUCAAUACUAUGAGACAAUGCGUAAUAUGGCUAUAUGCCGAAUAAUAGCUAUUAAAUGCGAAAGCGUGUGCAAUAAGAACUUAUUUACUAUUGCAUCAUACGAAAAAGAAAGAGAACAUCCCAGUCGCCCUAUGGUUGUUACAAAAUUUUUUAGGAAUCGCUGCGCAGUUGCCAAACAAUAUUACUUAUCACAUCGACUUAUUAGAAACAUUGUCAACAAAGCACAUCUUCUCCUGCCGGAAAUUUUUUGCGACUUUGGACAGUAUCACAAUCUGGAGUUUAUUGAUUUUGACAAAUUUAUUGAAUCUGUCGAAGAAAACUUAAAGAAGAGUGCACAUAUUAUUAUAGUAUCAUAUUACAACGAAAUUGUACGGUUAUUCUCUCAGCGACGUUACAUCCAGGAUAUACCGCUAAAUGUGUUGACACGUUUUCUCAAAUGUGCUACGACUCUCCUUGGUUUGCAAAUAAUCACUCGAGCAAUUAACACCAUCAAACAUUUGCUAAACAUUCUUGCUGAUCAAACCACAAUUCCUUUAUUACAAAUGGAGUUAAAAUGCGAAAGUAAUGACUUGUUUACGAAUCCUCGGCUGGAAGAAUUUUAUGAUGCCUUUCAUAAUCUUGUGAACAAGAUAGCUAAUAUUGCUCAUCAUUUACCAUCGUUGGAAUCAUGGGUACAACCUAAAGAAUGGCAAAGAUUAAGGAAAGGUGUGUCACAAAUCGAUAUUGCUAGGAACAAUUGCACCAUGUUUGCCUCACCACCUGAUUGGUAUUUGAACGAGAUACAUCAACAGCUGAAUGUGAUUCUACAAAAGUCUUUUCAGCCUUUGAGUGAAUAUUUAGAAAAAUUACGGAAACAAUUUGGCUAUGUCUUCCAUGAAAUAAAUCAAAUUCGUCGUGAUAUAACCACUGCUAUAAUGUCCCCUGGAAAAGAACCUUCCUUUGAGGAAUGUGUUGCUAAAGUUGAAGACUUCAAUCAUUUGAUACAUGUAAUAAACAAAAUGCCAAGCAAUGAAUACUUGAUAACAAUAAAGCUACAACAAAUUACCGCGAAACAUAAUCUCAUUGCUUAUACAAAUCAACUACGAGAACUUGUCAUUGACAAACUUAUCAAAUAUCAUUGGAACUAUAAUCUCAAGAUUUGCGCGACAUUUGAAAUAAUAAAGGAACGUGUGUUAAAUGUUCCUCGGACCACGAAAGAAUUACUGGAGUUAGGUCAAUAUAUGUUGACAGCGAGGUCUACAUUAAUGGUGGAAUUACAGGAUAAAAUAAUUCUUUCGGUUCGUAUAAUGAGUUCAUUAUUCGAGAUGACUACUCUAAGCAGACAUCAUAUUGAAUUGAAUAAUAUAACAAUUCAAUGGCUAAGACGUAUCAGACCAGUCUUGGAACGCAGCUCCGGAUUAUAUGAACAAAUGAAAUUCGAGUUAGAAGAAAAACUUCAAGAGGAAGUUACUAUUUUAAAUGCACGGGUUGAAGAAAUGUUUCCUAGAUUGAUUAUAAUGAAUGACAUGGAUGAUGUUAAACGAGUAAAAGAAUAUAUUGAGGAUAUACGGAAGAUGGUACAACAAUUGGAAUAUAUGGAGCAGAAAGCCAAAUGGAUAAAUGCUGAAGAGGCAUUAUUUCAGUUUCCACUAACUAUAUAUCCACGUAUAAAGGAAUUGAGAGAAAAUAUUUUACCAUUUUACAGUCUUAUUUAUCGGGGUUGUCAAUGGCAGAGAGAUCGAGAAGUUUGGUUAAAUGGUCCCUUCGAGUAUCUCGAUGUUCAACACAUUGAGAACAAGCUGAAUCAAUAUUUAAUAGACUUCACCAAAAUCAAUAAACAGUAUAAGACAAGAAUCAAGAUGCAACUCGCGAUGAAUUAUCCAUACAGUUUUGUAGGAUUGAUAGAUGAUCCUGAUCCAUUCCAACAACCAGCACCUCUAAAAUUGUGUUACCAACUGGCUGAAAACGUAAAAUGGUUUAAGCAAUACGUUCCAUUAUUAGCCGUCUUUCGUAAUUCAGCGAUACGACAAAUUCAUUGGGACAGUAUGUCAGUGAUUGGAGGAUACGAUUUGACACCCGACGCUGGUACGACGUUGAAAAAAAUAAUUAAAAUGGACUUGAUGGAAGAUAUAGAAAAAUAUGAAAUUAUCAGUACCGGUGCAACAAAAGAAUUUAUGCAUGAACAAUCGCUUGCAAAAAUGAAAAGUGAAUGGGAUGACAUAUGUUUUAUCACUACAAUAUACAAAGAUACUCAAGUUCCAAUUUUAACACAAUUGGAUGAUAUAUUUAUGAUACUCGAGGAACAUAUAAUUAAAAUACAAGCAAUGCAAGGAUCGGCUUUCAUAAAAGUCAUUGAAAAUGAAGUCAAAUCCUUUUACGCAUUAUUACUUCGUAUGCAGUCAGCAAUCAACGAAUGGACAAAAGUUCAAAUGCAAUGGAUGUAUUUGCUUCCAAUUUUUUCAAGUAAAGACAUUGUAGCGCAGCUUCCUGAUGAAGAAAUUUUGUUUAUCCAGGUUGAUAUAACAUUUCGCAAAGCAAUGCAGAGAGUUUCGAAGGAUUCUCGUGUUUGCCAGACUGCUGGUUCUAUAGGAUUAUUAGAAAAUAUGGAACAGGCAAAUAUACUGAUGGAGACGAUCAAUGCAGGUGUAUUGAAUUAUCUUGAGAAGAAGAGAUUAUUUUUCCCACGUUUUUUCUUUCUUAGUAAUGACGAUAUGCUCGAGAUUCUUUCUGAAACUAAAGAGCCACUUCGUGUUCAACCACAUUUGAAAAAAUGCUUUGAGGGAAUUUAUAGACUAGGGUAA